GUGGUUCAAUAUGUCCGACCGACGUCAGUCAUUCAUGAAUUCAUUGUCAGUCAGACAUUUGCCUUGCUAAAAAAGGUACCAGAAAUGUGUGUAGACGAUGUUCAGUGAUCAUUAACAAGGUGAGAUCACCACACGCCAUCUCACAAUAAUUGUAUUAAUAAGGAUUUAUUGCGGCUCCCCGUAUUGAAUGCCUUGAUGUUUAUGUUCGAUAUUGUAUUAUGGCAUCUGGUACAUCAUCCUUGGAGAGUAAUGGAAGUAAUGAGUCAAUAUCACACAGUUAUGUAAGCACGGAACGACACAAUAACACACAGCUACCUACAAUACCAAUACCAAUUGACUAUGAGGUUAUAUCAAACAACCAAUGCUAUGACAAACAGAACUACACGGUGAAACCUCAUGGUGCUCACGUUAUGAGCGGCCCAUAUGAGUCACUGCAGUAUGAUGUGAUAAACAAACAGACAAACGAAAGUUUGAAACAGCAAUGCGAGAAGGCAUUGCAUGAUUUGAAUCAGCUAAGGAGACAGCAUACGGAGACUUCCAGACGCUGUGAGCAUGUAAUGAAGGAAUUGGAAUAUUUCCGAGGGCAGCACAGAGCAGCUAUGAAUCAACUGGAGGUCUCAGCUCAAGAGGCUAGUAGCUUACGUGGAAAAUACGGAGAUCUGCUCAAUGAUAACCAACGUUUGGAGCGUGAGGUACAACACUUACAGCAGAGCAGCACACCGGAAGGCAGCUCUGAUGCAUUGGUACACACACUCAGGAAAUAUGAAGCCUUAAAGGAAGAGUUGGAUUGCUUUCAAAAAAGAUAUGAUGAUUUAAUAGAGAAUCAUAAUGCAACAUUGGAGAAGCUUCGGAUCCUGCAAGAAGAGAACAGCCGUCUGAAGACUCAGUGCCAUGAGUUGACGCAGGAGAGGAAUGCUGUGAUCCGGGAGCGCAACACGCUGAAGCAGCAGGUGGCGCACGUGGUGCGGCAGUGGGAGACCGGCGAGCGCGCCGACAUCAAGCGCCUCACCGACGAGCGCAACGCCGCCAUGGCAGAGUACACGCUCAUCAUGAGCGAGAGGGAUACAGUUCACAAAGAGAUGGAGAAGUUAUCUGAUGACCUGCAAGGAGCUAUGAAGAGGGUGUCCGCUUUAGAAGCUGCAUUACAAGCAUCCAGAGAACAUCACAGGGCCACAGCGUUGCAGGCCGAGAGUCUCCGGCGCGAGGUGGAGUGCGCGCUGUCGGAGCGGGACCGCGCCCUCAAGGAGUGCUCCGCCACCAGACAAGAUAACUCGGCGUACCACCACUUGGGGCUCGCAAGUGGAGUGGGCAAUGACGGGUUUCUCAACGGGCAGCACUCCAACGAUCCCUCCCUGGACAAAUUGCAAGGCAUGGUGGUGGACGCGGUGGACAAGGAGCGCGUGGAGAACCUGGAGCAGGCCAACCAGGAGCUGGAGCGCCUGCGCAAGCAGCUGGACGCCGCGCGCGCAGAGCUGGCGCACGCGCAGCGGGAGGCAGAGGUGUCGAAACGAAGGAGAGACUGGGCGUUUUCUGAACGAGACAAACUGCUGCAAGAGAGAGAGAGCGUCAAAGCGCUGUGCAACCGACUCCGCAAGGAGCGGGACCAGAUGGUGGGCGAGGUGGCGGAGGCGCGGCGUCACGGCAACAAGAAGCACGAGCCGGCGCACGAGCCCGCCAGGCUGUUCGACGCCGCGGACCUACAGGAUGUAGAAUGGGACCUAAUCGACGUGGAGCUGAGCGGACUGACUAAAGAUGGGGAGCUCGGCUUCGAGUUGGCUGGCGGCAGGGACGAGCCGUACUUCCCCAACGACUGCAGCGUAUACGUCACUGCUGUUAAGAAGGGCUCCAACGCUGAUGGCAAGAUCAGAGUGCUGGACCGCAUCUCGUCGGCGUGCGGCACGGGCGCGUGGAGCAGCGCGCGCGCGUGUGCGGGCGCCCUGCUGCACGCGCUGGCGCACGCGCCCGCCCCGCUCGCCGUGCAGCGGGCGCGCGCCCUGCACCGCACGGCGCUGCUGCCCCACGCCGGCGGACUGGCGCUGCAGCACGGUAUCUUCAUCGGCAAGAUAGCGAGCAACAGCGCCGCGGCCAAGGACGGCACGCUGUGCGUGGGCGACAGGGUUGUCAGCAUAAACAACAGAUCUCUGGAAGGCAUGAAGAGUGUCUCCGAGGCGAUGCUGCUGCUGAACGACUGUCAGUACGAGUCCGUCUCCAUCACGGUGCUGCGGCCGCUGCACGCCCUCACCGACAACAGGAAUAGGCUGUCCGCGUACGCCAGUUCGUUUCCGGACAACAAGCCGGUGAACAUCUGCUCGCAGACCGACGACAGCUACGGCCAGUUCCACGCCGCAGCCGUCGACUCCAAGGUGUCGGGGGAGGGGGGCGCGGCGGAGCGGCGCUACGUGUACCACGUGGCGGCCGGCAGCCAGGGGAAGAUCGCGCAGGAGCGAGGCACGUGGGACAUGAUCCGGGGCAAGAUCGAAGCCGUCACCGGGAGGAGCAAGUCCAAGGAUAAACAGAAGGUUCCGGAGUCUGACGCUAUAGCGGAAUUGGAUUCAGUCAUAGACAGCUAUCACGGUAAAACUGUGAAAGAAACGAGUAGCGUGUUAAAACGCUCUCGACGGAAAAAUAAGGAAUCGCAGAACGAUUCAAAAAAUGGUGGCACGUGGCCUAAGGCUCGAGCUAAUUUUAUAUUAGAAGAAAACUCGACCGGGACGAUUGUGCAGCCGAGAUCUAGAAAAGAAAGGCCGCCUUUAUCGAUACUCCUCAGUCCGCCAACGAAACUACCACCAGAACCGCAAAGAUCGAAUACAAAUAGGAACUCGAACCCAAUACCUUUGGGACACGCUCCGCUAACGCAAGCCACGACACCAGCGAGGCAUUCAGUCUACAAAUCGAUUGAGUCCUCCCCGGCUAUCGAGCACUUCCCCAAGCCCGCCCCUCUCGCCAUUCACAAUCCUUUCGCUUCCCCCAAUAGCUUCGAGAAAAUUCGUACUUUAGAAAAAGAUAAGAUGUCGAUCAGCGACUAUUCUGAACACGACAUAACGCCGAAUCGUUUGAGUUUAGUUCUGAACCCGUCCGACGACUCGCUGGACUACCACCCGGUGACGCGCACCAGGACCAAGAGUCCGCACUCCCUGGACUUCAUGGUCAAUAAGGGACCGAGCUCUCUAGACUUUGUAACGCGCAAAUCGCCAAGUUCGUUAGAGCAUUCUAUCAAGAAUCAUCCGGGCAAGGAUAUUCUUGAGCAAUAUUAUUCGACCAAGAAGUCGUCGUCACCGAAGACAGUGAACAAGUAUCCAUCGGACAGCGAUAGUUUUGGGCCCGACUCGCUGAAUAGCAAUGCCAACUUUCCCAUGACGGGGACGUUGCCUUCGCAGUCGAGACUACAGUCGCAGUAUUACAGGGUACCCUUUUCAAAUUCGAACCCGCACACGUCGAGUCGGUACUCGCAGCUGGCGAGCCCGACGAACAUACCGCAGAGCCAAUCGGGGGAGAGUAUAGGAACGAGCUACGAAAUGCAUUCGUUCACGUCGCACACUCACAAUAUGUCCGACAUUCAACCGGUGCCGAGAAACAGUCGCGUGGGGGACUACAACCAUGGCUACGAGGGCGGCACGUUCCCUCGCAAAAAGGAGAACCAGAGGUUUCGGAUACCGUCCAACCCGAGUGUCACUUCUAAAAACUCUGCCGGGAAACUGAGCACAGGUUCGAUCGAGAGAAGUUCCGAAAGAAACUCUCCGAUGCCGACAUUUCACGUUGAAGUACUGAGCCCCGGGAGGGGGGCGAAGCAAUUAGCGCAUAAAGCUACAAGAAAUUCGAUGCCCGAAUACUGUGGGCUGAGUUGGAAUAAACCAUUGCCGGGGGAACUCAGAAGGGUACAUAUCGACAAAAGUCAACAGCCACUAGGUAUUCAAAUAUACUGCCCUCCAAGCAGCGGUGGUGUGUUCGUUUCCACUGUUAAUGAUAACUCCCUCGCAAGUCAAGUCGGUCUACAAGUAGGAGAUCAGCUGCUCGAAGUAUGCGGGAUUAACAUGCGUUCUGCCACCUACACCCUUGCAGCUAGAGUUCUGAGACAAAUAGGUAAUUCUAUUACAAUGCUCGUGCAAUACAGCCCGGAGAAAUACAAAGACGAAAUGGAGGUACAGGGCAGUUCAUCGUCGGGAGAGAGCUCGCACGACGAGGAAGUCUCGUUGUCGGGGUCGCCGACACCCAGGAACUCGCCCGGACCGCAGCAAUCUCUGAGAAUGGAGACCCCUUCGACUGAAGUAUCGACGUUAAGACAGUCGCAAGCCAACAAAGAGCUGCCAAGGUUUCUCCUCAUUGAGAUGAGGAACUGUUCGGAUUUAGGGAUAAGUUUGGUGGGGGGCAACGCUGUGGGUAUUUUCGUGCACAGCGUACAGAUCGACUCUCCCGCGUACAACGCUGGGCUGAGGACCGGAGAUCAGAUCCUGGAGUACAACAACGUCGACCUCAGACACGCCACCGCCGAACAAGCCGCGCUGGAGCUGGCUAAGCCUGCUGAUAAGGUGAGCGUCCUGGUCCGGCACGACCUCCAGCAGUACCACGAGAUCAAGGACAAGCCGGGCGACGCGUUCUACAUCCGCGCCGGCUUCGACAGGUGCGCGAAGAUCACGUCCAUCGGAAUGGACGUCAUAGACGAGUACUCGCUGUGGUUCCGGAAGGACGAGGUGCUGUUUGUGGACAACACGCUGUUCAACGGCUCCCCCGGCCUGUGGCGGGCCUGGCAGCUGGACUGUAAGAGCGCUAAGAGGCACUGGGGGACCAUCCCUAGCAAAUUCAAAGUGGAGGAGAUCCUGCGGCGGUCGUCGGGCACGCUGGAGUCGGACACGCAGCGCCGGGCCUCCACCACGGCGCGGCGCUCCUUCUUCCGCCGCAAGAAGCACCGCGACAGCAAGGAGCUCGCUUCCUUCUCCAACACCGAGCUCGGCUGCUGGAGUGACUCCGGCACGCUGGCCGACGAGCUGCCCGUGCUCUCCUACCAGAGGGUCGAGAGGCUGCACUACGCCCGGCAGCGGCCCGUGGUGGUGCUGGGCCCGCUGUGGGAGUGCGUGGCGGCGCGGCUGGUGUCGGACUGGCCGCACGUGUUCGGCGCCGUGCGGGCCGCGUCGCUGGCGCUGGCCGGCGCCGCGCCCGCGCUCGCCAGCGGCACGCACGUGGAGCCCCGCCCCGCGCCCGACUGCGCGCACCUCGACUGCAUCCCGCUGCGCGCCGUCAGGGACCUCGCCGACAAGGGCAUCCACUGCAUCCUAGAUAUAAGCGUAGCGACAAUAGAGAAAUUGCACAAACAGCAAAUAUACCCUAUAGUCCUCUUCAUAAAGUUCAAAUCGUUCAAACAAAUCAAAGAGGUGAAAGACACGAGGUAUCCCUCCGAGAAAGUGUCCGCCAAAGCAGCGAAGGAAAUGUACGAGCACGGCUUGAAAGUCGAGAACGAGUACAGGAGCUACAUUUCAGCCGAAAUACCAGCUGGCGUGAACAUUGCGUACAUGUGCACACAAAUCAAAGAGGCUGUUGAGGAGGAGCAGAACAAGACUCUAUGGGUUCCCUCGGUGCAGGCCUGACCAUUGCCCCCCACCCCCCUCCCCGCCCCCCACAAGUCCGUCACUUUCUGUGCGCGCUGCGACCCCCCGCCGCGGACCCCCCACCCGAACGAACUACGACGAGGCCUUUCGGACCUCAACAUCGCCCAAACCAAGAAGAAACAAUCCAAAACCGACUCAACCGACAGCGACUUGAAGUAUUACUCCGAGCCCGACGCCAAGAACUACUUCGAAAUCGACUACGUGUUCCUCAAAGAGUUGCGGAAGAUCGCUCGCAACAACUGCCCCAAGUGUCGCCGCAAGCGCUCCGGCAAGCAUCGCCGUGACGUCACCGACAACAAGCGCAAGUCGGGAGGCAUAUCGUUCGUGAAGGAGAACUACGUGUUCUGUAACGGACGCUAUCACAGCGAGAAGGAACAUUGUCAGCUGUGUUGCAGGAUCUGCAGUCGGUCCACGGACACGCUCGACUCCGCCGGCGACUCGUACUCGCUGGUGUCGCGGAGCUACAGUCAACCACCAGCCCCACGUAAUCUAACACCGAAAAAGAGACGCGAAAGGAGAAACUCGAUACAAUCGAAUAAAUCGGUCUCGUUUCUAGAAUCGAGUAACGACGAAUCGAUUAAAGACGAGACCAAUUACACGGCUAAGAGCUUCACGAACGAUUUGAAGAGGUUUCUGCUGAAGCCUUCCGCGCCCAGGCAGAGUCUCCGAGAUAAGUUCAUGUCGAGCUUCAAGCAAGAAUUAGAAGCCACAAAGAAAUCGCCGAAACUUAAAGCUAUUAAAGGUUUGUGGAAAUCUUACUGACCGUAUGCGAUUCGAUACUGUCUUAAUACACCGACCAGUAUUUUAUGACCCCCGUCGCGUAAAGUUCACGUCGUACCAUCCGCGGCGACUCGCUCGUGCGGCGCCAGACGCUGUCCGCCGGCCGCGACCAUCACAGACGACCCUAGCAAAAAUUAAUUAUUUAUAAUAUUUUGGUGCUUGAGUUGAAUUUAAGUUUGUUUUAAAUCUUUCACUACUGACGUAAGUGUGUUCAUGAUUGGUCUAAAUAAAUGUAUAUAAUUAUCAACAAAUUAGGUGCUAGAUAAUUUGAACUAUACAAAUUUUUUUUCUACAACUUUUUACUAUACUUAUUGUCGAUGUUUAUAUUUGAAAGGUUUGCGUGUACUUUAUGUGAAACGCGUUAGAAGCUAUAAUCCUUUAACCUGAAAACGUAGAGAUGAUACCUUUAUGCGCCCGUGUGAUAAACGAAGCAUUCAUGAUGUGUACGCGAUUGACGUCUACGAUGAAGGAAGUAAUAUUGUGCAAUUCAAAUAAUUGUCUAAUUCACUGAAUUUAUAAUCUUGCAUAAUUACUGGCGGCAAAUCUUAUUGUGUUGUGGUCACACUGUCGCCUGUGAAGUGGUGUAGUAAAUUUCCAGCCUCGAUAUGGCAAAAUAAAUAAAUUGCACAACAACAAUGAAUAAAGAUUCGUUAUGUGCAAUAUUAAUUUCACGGAAUUGAAACUUGUACCUGAUUAUUUAAACUUGAAUUUAAAAAAAAAAAUGUUGAUGUUUCGAAAUUUAGAAUUUUUCCCUUCCCUAUUGGGGUGUCCAUAAAAUGAACGUUAUGGUAUGAAGUUACAAAUUGUACAAGUUUUCUACUAAAAUUUGAUGUUUUGUAUUGAAUUGUUAAGUAAAAUUAUAAAAAAAGGUCAUUGCAAUAAGAUCAUAGAAAUGAAAAGGUGCCAAACUUCAACAUAGCAAACAUGGAAAUUAAAUUAAUUAUAAUGACUUAAAGAUUAGAAAGAGUAUGUUUUACUCUUUUAUCAUUAUUGGAGUCAAACAAAGAAAUUUAGAAAGAAUUAUCUCAUUCCUACUCUACAUAAAAGUAAUAACUACCGUAUUAUACAUUAGAGGCAUAUCCUACGCAAAUAUUAAAACGACAUUGAAAGCGUAAUGUUCAAAAUUUACAUGAAAAAUACUUAAAACGGGAUAGGUGUUGCCAAACGAAGAAAAACAAGAAAUGCUGCCACGUAGUAAAAACUACCAAUUUAGUAGAAAUUUUGAAAAUUAUUAGUAAUAAUAAAGAAUUUCGUAGAGAGCAAUAAUAAUUUAUUAGUAAUAAAAUAAAAACACGUUUUUUAAUCGUAUUAGGAACUUAGGGAACAUUUUAAUGAAUUUGUAUAGAUGUUAUUAGUAUUAGUGCAACGGAAUGUAUAUCGUAUUAGUGUUUGAUAGAACAAUAAUGUUACAAUUCAAAGUGCCUUUAUUCGCAAUCAGAUGCUAUCUUUAUAUCAUUUAUGUAUUGAACAAAUGUUAUAUGCCGUCAUAACUUCUAGAUCGAAAUGCAAACAAACAACAAAUUAAGUAAUGAUCAUUAUUAAAAAUAAAUUUUGAAAAAUACUCAAUUGAGAAAAGCUUGUGAAUUCGUUCACGCAAAUCGAAUGAGACCAAACUGCAUGAGUUUUGUUGUUGCUCACCGAGGAUCAGGUCCGCUCGGUGACUUGUUGUCUGGCGACCGGAUGCCAACGUUAUAUGGUCUCUGCGCAUCUGACACGGUGUCCAGUGUAACGCGACCUCGGCACCAUGAUAAUGAUACAAUUAGAAACAGGUGCAAAUCGGAAAUACAUAUGUACAUAUAUUAAUUACGUUCAUAAAUUUCUACAAAGCAAUAAUGAAAAGACAAUUGUCUUGUGAGCGAUGCUAAUUUGGACCGUGGACUGUCGAAAUGUCAUCUCACAGAAAGUUCUGGACGAUUGCGAAUAAGGGCGAGCGUGAAUAGUUUUUUAUCGAAAUUUAUCACGGUAAUGUAGUGUUUAUUAGUCACGUUUUUGAGCGUUACGGACACGGAGAAUGCAUGGAUAGGAGUAGGUGUUUAUAAAGUAGAUGAACCUUAAAGACUGUAGUUUAGACUUGGGAGCGGCCUGGUUACGUAUAUAUUUGUAUUACAAUGAUAGUUAAAAUGUUCUAGAAAAAAUCUUUUUAUGUCCCAAACGACGGUGUUGACAUGUCUGACGUCGCGUCAUCAGAUAUUAAAGAUCGGUCGGUUAUCCCUUUGUAAAAUCAAAAUAUGUCACCUUUAAUAAGAUAUUUAUUCAUUAUGGACAAUUUAUAUAAUUCUAAAUAACACCCAAGAUUGUAAAGGUUACAUAUAAGUUAUAAGCUUAUACACUAAUUCUUGUAAAACCGAUUUUUGCUAAAAGUAUAUUCGGCCUAGUUCUGAUAUAUAGAAUUCUACUUUUGUGUGACGUCACGCCAAUGUGCUUAGUGCGAGUAUUUUAACGUUCUAGAUAGCGUAAAAGUUAACUCAAAUUUGUAUGAAGCCGGAACGUUUGUCUACGUUUGCCGCUAGGGGCGCUGUUCCAUCUGCAUACAAAUUUAAGUAAACUUUUACGCUAUCGAGAACGUAAAAAACCUCGCACUAAGCACAUAGAGCAACAUGCGGGCGACUCACCAAUGUGUUGACGGCAAACAAAAAACGACUUUAAUGCAACACCGUACGGACAAUAAUUAAUUCGAUAACAAAAAAAAGGUUUAACAAUUAAUUAGGCAUCAGUUUGGCCGUAUCCGUAUUUUUGAAUUGAUUUAAUGAUUACAAUAUUGAAAGCUAUGAAUUAUGUCAAUUGUAUGUGGAUUUGAUUAAGUUAAAUGUACAUAAAUCAAAUGAUUCACUUGUAUAAGUAUAUUUCAGUGAUCAGGUUGAACUUAAAUACCCUAAGUAUUGUAAAAGAAAACGAGCCGUCUUUGAGAAAAAAAACUUAUUUUAAUAAUUUUUAAAUUGUUUUUUAAUCUAUUGUCUUGAAUUGUAAAAUAUUGUUUUUAUUUCACACAAAGAACAUGUAUUAUCUCAGCCAUUCAAGAAUGUAGACUGUUGGAUUAUAUCGAUCAGUUUUUCAAGGUUAUUUAAUGCUUAUAUGAAUAUAAUGUUCAGAUGUCACGGACGUUUUCGCAAGCUGCUUAAAUAGAAACUUAUAUAUAUUAUUAUAUGUAUAUAAUAAAUAAAUACUUGCAAUCACGGUAUUAACAUACCUCUAACGUUGCCUAAAUAGGGCUGACAGUUUAGUUCUGUAGACUGUUGUUUGGUUAUGCUUCAGGCUUUGAUGUUAUUUCUUUGCGAACGGUGGGUUGAUUCGUGUGAGGUGUCUCCCUAUUUUAAGUUGAAGGUCAAAUUAUUAAACACAUGCAGUUUUGUAGAACAACCACUUCUUACAUUGUUCUACUUGUUCAUACUUAGAUGUUAUGUCGUGGAUAGAUUUUGUUCAAUUUGAUAAUAAUCUAUAGAUUAACAAAAAUUGUAUAGUUUUGUUUGUUUGUUAUGAUUGGUGCUUUGUUUACUACAAAGUUGAUUGUAUGCCACUUUUAUCGACAUUCUUUUGAACUAGAGAUGAGAAAACAAGUGAUAGGGAAAUGUAGUAUCCGUCGAGUUCUAGACUAAUGUUGACACGUGAAUUUGUAUAUAGCUGUCUCUGUCGCACAGUGCUUAGUCGCAGUGCGGCUAGAUUGAUAUCUAAGAGCUCCAUGAAAACUACUCUCUAAAAGAAAUGACUACUUUAUACUGUUUUGCGCACGGUACUUGUGACGUCACCGCAGGUAUUGUAACCGGCUAGUACAAUGAAGCUAAAACUACUUUAGACACUGAUUACAUGAAAAUUUUUAUUGAAUUUUAUAUUAGAUAUAUACUACGUGACAUUGCCCCAGAGCAAGACCUACCUGAAUUAAAUUUGUGAGUAGCAAUAUCUAGGAGUGUGAACGGGAUAGCGAUAUGUCCUAUGACAAAGACGGAAAUGAAGUUUGACGUGUGUCAAAAAAAGUACAGUAACUUAAAAGAGUAACUACCACGUAUUGUGAAUUGUUCCAGAGAGAAACUAUUUUAAGCGGGGAAGAGUUUAAAAGAAUAGUAUUUUGUCAUCGGUGUCUAUUGCAGUUUUAGCCUAAAUAUGUUAUUGCAAAUGAAAAUAACGAUUGAUUAAAGAAAAAAAAGAAAAAAAAACGAUCUCAAUGAAAUAAAAAGUGAUGAGGCUUACAAGACAGCACAUUUAUAUUAGAUUUAAGCUUAUAUAUGUAUGUACAGAGAAUAUAAUUGUUUUUUAGACGCUUUAUAACUUAAAGCUGGGAUAGCGAAUUGUGGAAUGCCGCGAACGCGGUGUGACUAAUGCUUUUAAAUUAUUUUUUGGUAAUCAUUAUUUGUAUUGAAAAAUUUAAAUGCAUUUUUUAUUACCAACACUGAUUACUCAUGCUAUUGAUAUUGACGCAGCAAUGAAGAAAAGCGUACAAAAUUCACUGAAUGUGAAUAUUAAAUUUUCUUAAAGUUGCACUUCGUAUGGUUACAAAUGUCACGGACACGCUGUAAUUAAUUUAGAAGCAAUUGUUGAUACUAUUUGAUACAAAGCAUGUUUAGGAAUAUAUGAAAAACACUCAUUUGUUGAAUCCCCACACGCACCGCUCAUACGUUGAUCUUAGUAUCAAAUUGUUAUUAUUUAAUUAGUUGUCUUCGCAGAAUGAUCUUGGAUUUCGAAUUCACGUAUUAUUGUUUUCUAAAUGACUCAUUCAUUUUGGUAAUUAAAAACGAACGGUUUAAAAUAGUCAUGUUAAUUGUCAAAGUUACAAAGAUUUGACACAGUGUAGUAAUCCCAUCCCAAAUUCGCCAUCCCACAGCUAAAGGAUGUAACGUUGAGAAACGUAUGCGCUUUAAGUUUUCUUCGGAGCUUAUGCGUUUCAUUUAGCUUUACGCGUAUUAAUUAGUUCGUUAAUUAGAUAAUUUUUGUUUUUUUUUUAGUUACGUUUAUCAGUGACCGUUUUAUAUUUAAUCUGUAUAUAGUUUCUUUGUUUUAAGAGCUUUUUUAUUGUUUCAUUGUUUAAAAUUAAAGUGCGAAGCUUAAUUAAAAAGCUUAAAAGUUUAAAAUGUGUGUAUCUCUCUCCGGUUUUAGGCAAGGUAAGAGACGGUAGUAUCUAAGUAAAACAGGUGGUGAAAUAGGCAUCUAUCUUAUGUCGGACUUAAGAAAAUAUGGCAAUUUAUUUAUAUCAAAUCUUCAGUUUUUUUUUAUAUACUAACAUUAAUCACGAGUGAACCAUAGUUACCAUAAUUUAAUCAGUUGAAUUCAAUAUGGAAUGCACAAAAAUAAUGUUGAAUCAAAAGCUACCUAUAUAUGGACUGUUUAUUUUGAAAGUGGUGUAAGUCCAUUUUCUUUUGUUUCGAGAAAAUUAAAGGUUACUUAUAUUCGUUGAUUUAAAAAUACAGGCAAAUCAUAUGAGGUCUGGCUAUGCCACCUACCACUGUCAAUUGGACUUACACCACUUUCAUAAUCGAUCAUUAUGCAAUUUCAUUUACCGACCGAUUUUGAGUUGUACAAAACAUGGGAUUUUUUUGAGAAAUUAAACACGGACUAGUUAUUUAUAAAAAAAUUACAUUAAAUUGAGCAUGAAUUACGUGAUAGCUCAUUUUUCUCAAAAAUGGACUUACGCCACUUUCAAAAUAAACGGUCCAUAUCUCGGCAGAGUUGUAAGGUUGAAGUUAAGGUUGUUGAAAUUUUCGGUAUAAGAUUAUAUUUCAGAACAAAAAUCAAAUUUUCAUAAAACGAUUUGUGAUAAUGUAAUUGGUUUCGGUAACGCUUUAAGACCCCUGGAUUGGCGAACGUGAGCCAUACAUAUUAUAAUAAAAGUAUUUGUCGUUGGUUGAAAAUGAUUUAAAGCAGAAAGGGUUGAUUUUGUUUUGUUAUGAAAUUAUGACCUUAUCGUUCUGGAAAAGUGGAUUACAAUUUAAGUGGGUGUUAUAUUGAUCUGAUAUACAGUAUUUAAGUUUUGCUCCUUCGCAUUUUGUUUUAUGACGUUUUCAUUGUGAUGGCUAUUUAAAAAUUUAUUAUCAAAAUGUAAUUGUAAUAGAAAAUUUGUUGUACUGCAUAAUGCAAUAUUUCUACUCAAUGCCCUGGUUUUUCCUAUCCUCCGGGGUCAAAUCCCCUGAUAACUUUACGUCUUUCUUUACGAUUUUAUGUCAUUUAUGACUUAAAGACCGUCUCUGCCAUGUCGCUUGAAUGUAAUUGGAAAGUCCACCUCUUUUGCGCUUCCUUAUAUCUUGAAUCUAUAGCCCAUAUGAUCUAAACUCUGAUGCAUUGCAUGUCCAUACUAGCGGCGACUGUUUGUCCAGGUUAUUAAGAUUUUAUUUCUCAAACGAAACACACAGAUUUGAGACAUUAAUCUUUUAUAAUAAUCUUUUAUAAUUCAAUCCUAUUAACAUGUGAAUUUUGUUCGACUUAUUUCCAUUUUACAUUUCAAAUAUAGUACAAAUUCUGCUCGUACCUUUCCUAAAUCAUCAAGAAUAGAUUACAACAAACAUUUACAUACGGAACCCUUUCUUUAUUGACUUUGUAAAUUUUCAUAGACACGUCAGAAUGGAAAGCCCAUACAGUGAAAACGUCAUAAGUGAAUAUACGUUGAAUAUUAUUAGGUUGCGGUUAAAGAUGGUUUUGUAUGCCUGAACCUUUGUUUAAUUAACUCUGAUUUGAUUAAGUCGUUUGCUAAUACACGCGCUGUUCUUUGGUUCUAAAUGAACACGUUUAGGAUUCUUGUUGUAUCAUCAUUAACAGUCAGUCGUUGGGCGUUCAAAAACCGCGAAAGUUUUUUUUUUUAAAUAAAAAAAUCUAGACAGGCAAAAGUGAAUAUGCGUUUUGGGACGUGCGGUUUUGAUUAUCAACCCAUAAGAACAAGAGUUUUUAAAUAAGAAAUUAAAGCAUUGAUUGUAUUUAUUAAUAUUAUUAUAAUUUUUUAAUAAUUAUAAAUAAAUAAAUAAAAAUUGACAAUAAUCAGUAUUUAAAAUUAUAUUAUUAGAUUUAUUUUGUAUUUUACAAUUUCUUGUUAUACUGUAUAGAUGUAUUUAUUAUAUUAUGUUGAUGUUUGAUUAAUUAUUAAUAAUAUUUUUCUGUAUUCUAUAUUUGUAUUAUUGUUUUUUUUUUUUACAAUUUACGGUUUUAGGUUUAAGAAUAAUGUUGUGAAUAAAGUUUUAAAAGAAUAAAUAUGUGAAAAUCAACGAAUUGUUUACAACUUUAGGAAGGAGCAAUAAAAUAUAGAAGAAUGUAA